AUGUGUAAGUCGCAAGCUUAUCACAUAAUGGAUAAGGUUGAACUUUUACAAACUAACCGAUAUAUUCAUUCAUUAUUAUCAACCAAUCCAAUAUGCUGGGCUCCUUUGGAUUUGUCACUUUAUGGAGAUAGAAUUACCAACACUGUACUUCUUAGUAUUCUCCGUUCUCGUUCUUUACCUAUUAUCACACCUUUAUAUCAACCAACAGUUAGCAAUGUUCGACCUAAAACAUAUCAAUUACAUAAUAUCAAUAUUAGUGGAUGCCAUCUCUUGAAUGCCGAUGCCGUAUUGAUGUUAGUUCGAAGUCUACAAUAUCUCACCACGUUACACCUGAACAAAUAUGCAGCUACAUCGGUACCUGAACCACUAGCACGACACCCGCGACACUAUCGACGUACACGUUCCAAAAUGAUUGAUAUGUUACGCGAUGACCUUUAUCAAUGUCGACCACGCCAUGGUUUAUCCUCCUCUACCAUGGAUCUCUCGAAACAACCUCUUGCCAGUCUUGCUCUCUCAGAUUCUACCUUACAAAAACUUCUCCAGUGGACUCCUUUCUUGACCGACUUAUCUUUACAACACCAACCUCUUAGUAUGACGAUAUGUAAAUCAAUGCACACCUUAUUACCUCAACUUCGUCACUUGGAUAUUUCAUCAUGCGAUAUCUCCAUACCUGGUCUGCAACUCUUAAUAAGAAACUUGGCCGGCAAGUUGUCUUCAUUGAAAAUGCUCAAUUUGGAACUCUCGAAUUUAACUCUGUUGUGUCUUCAACUGUAUGGUUCUUCAUUGGAAUGCCUUCAUCUUUCCUGUCUUGAUCCACAAUCAUUACCUGGCAUAGCACGGAUCAUCAAAUGGUUUGAAAACUUGACGGAUUUUAGACUUACAAGAUUACGAUCUGGAAAUGUGGAUGAUUUGAUAUCUGCAUUGGCUUCUCAUCCUCCUCCUCUUCUUCUUCGAUGUUUGGAUUUAUCACCCAAAUUGGAAAUAUACCCAAAAUUCAUUCCUAUUUCAACUCCAUCAUCAAAGAAACAUCCAACUUGUUCUCCUCUUCAUCUCUUCAACAACAACAACAACAACAUGAUACCAACAACAGCAUCUUCAUCCUUAUCUCGAUCCAAUACCUAUUCUCAACAAUCAGGCAAUAUACCAUCAUCAAGUAGUAGAUCUCAACAACAUUGUCUUCAACCAUCAGACAAACGAUAUGAAUUGGAACAAAAAGCUGGUAAAUUACCACCUCAUGUAUCAAGUAGCAGUAAACGAUCUCAUUUAUUCUCAUCUACCUCCUUUGUGUACGGCCCGUAUCAUGUUCAAUUCACACGCUCAGAACGCGAUCUUUGUAUGACAGACACUUCCAUGCUACGACUCGCCUCCUUCUCCCACUUGGUGGAACUUCGACUUUGUUUUCCAACCAUUCAGGCAUCUACGCUUUCUCAGUUUUUGAAAACGGCAACAUGUCCUUUACAAAUCCUGGAACUCCGGUUACGUCCAUCAUCAUCAUCAUCAUCAUCAUUGGAAGAAGUGGAUUAUUUGGACGGAUUACAUCAUUUGAUUCAUCUUCAUACAUUGUUACUCUAUUCUGUACCAUUGACCCAACGAUCCGCUGAAUCCAUCUUAGCCCUUGGACAAUUACAAUCCUUGACUGUACAUGACGCAAAACAAUUGGGUAAACUGUAUCCGUUUUUCUUACGACGAUGGUUAUUGGAACUGCCACGAUUGACCUUGUUGAGGAUGGAUUUGGUCUCAUUUGCCUGGACAACUGUCGCCGAUAUGAUCACUACAACAACCGAACAACAUGAAUGGUAUCAUGCCAAAGAUCCUCUUUAUGAUGGUGACAGUAUGUUUGUACGGUCUUCUUUUGGAAAAUGGGAAUGGGUGACAUGAACUCUUUAUAUAUAGUUUAUUUAUUUUUUUUUUUUUUACAAA